AUGGAUUCAACGCUGAAAUCAACACUGUCCUUACUGGAUGAUUACAACAGGUCGCUGCACGAGGAUUUCUUGAUAUUGCGAAACGAAUUCGAUCAGCUACUCAGAAACAACCAAUUUUUAGUAGAUGAAAAUCUACGUAUGUCUGCACGGCUCAACAUGCUCGAACACAAUGCUGGAUCUCAUGCUCCCCGGAGUCCUAAAAAAGAAGACAAAUGCAUUUCGAUGACGGGGGAGACGACCGAACAGGGGCCAAAAUAUUAUGGUCCCCAACUGUCAAACUACAUGAUGCAAAGCUUGAUUGACAGGGUGAAACACAAGCAGAAAUCGGAUCUGAGGGGUCCUGAGAAGAACGAACGCCCCAGCAUUGCCACACAAGAUCUAACUUUGUCUAUGGACAAAGGAGAUUCAGGAUUGUUGCACAACUAUGAUAAGCAAGACGAUACUCAACUUGUUGGUCAUAACACGCAGCGUCCAAACAUUGUUGAGCAAUCUCUAGCCAAGAAAGCAUUUCCUAAUGUCACCUAUUAUCGACGAAAAGAUAAAAACCAAUUACCUGAUAGAGAUGUUGUGAUCAAAUUAUUGCACCACUUCUUUGAAUCGAAUGAAUACUAUCAAACUUUUGUUCCCAAAGACAAAGUUUUCGAGUUCAUUGAACAAUACCCGCUAUUACGUGACCAAGAAUGGGAAAAUGAUGAUGAUUUGUUGCUUCUCUACAUUUUAUUAGCACUUACAGUAUAUCGAUUACUGCUGCAACAAUGCGUUAAUUUUGGACUCAUAAGUCCGGAAGAUAUACAAAGGGGCUCAAAGUUGAAGCAGCUUCUUUGCAAAAACGUUCUACUCCAUGAGUUCAAUCGAUUGCGCCAUAAUUUACUUACGGAGCUGGUUUUUCUGGUUACUGCCUACAUCAUUAGCACUGAGUAUUACUUUAUGGACCAGAGGUAUGAGGAGUCCUGGCUGAUGAUAUUUCACACUUGUCUGAUAGCGUAUCUGAUUGGCUUGCAUAUCAUGGGGAAAAUACGACAGCAACAAGAGCAUGAUGUCGAUCCUAACCGUGAGAAUAUCGAUAAGCGACCUCUGGAAAUCAAAUCAGAGAAGUUCGAAGAGGACGAUGAAGAAAUGCAACAAGAUUUGCAACGAUAUAAAUUAUGGCUCGCGCUUCGAAAUUUUACUGGUCAGGUGUGUCUGAUUUUGGGUCGGCCAAAUCCCAUACUGAUACAUGUUACAAAGGUUGUCCAAUUGAGUUUGCGAGAUUCUAACACUGAUGCUCUGGAACGAUUAGAUGAUAACAAAGUGGAUAUCAUGCUUAAACUCGGGUUCUCUGAGUGUUUACGUUUAUCAAACUUGAUGCUUAUCGAAAACUUCCUAAUCAAUUUCAAUUGGGAAGAUUUAUUUUCUCUUGGAAUAAAAUUUAUGGAUGAGAUCUCGAACCUUGAGUGGGCUCUCCAUCACGAUGCAACUGUUGCUAGAGGUGCCCUCGACUCAGUUACCAGGCUUCCCAAGCACACCGAUCGCCGUAAUGUUUUGCUGGAUUUAAUUGUGUUAUAUGUGAAUAGGGCAAAGCUAUUCGAACCUUUCCUCACCAAGUUCGACAAGAGUCCCGAAAGUGAUAAUGUUACCAAAAAUGUGCUUGAGCUGAUCUUCAAAUUCUGUGAUUAUGCCUUGAUGUUUUUACAAGAAGCUAUUCAAGGUGUCGAUUUUGCAUACGACGUGAAGCUGCUUGACCAGGCCAAGCAAUUACCGGAGUUCAAUUUUGGAAAGAUAGUGCGAAUGUCAAAUCCCUUCUUACACGCAUUCUUCUAUCAGGGCGUCAUUGUGAUUUUUACCUUUAUCUACUGCAAGACAAAAGAAUUCAUCAAAGAUGGCAAAGAUUUACUGUGCCAUUUGAAUAGAGUUGUUCUUGAUCGUAUUGAGACACUGAUUCGCGAGUUUAUGAUAUUUGAUGAAACAGUUACCAAUAGUGGCAAUAAUCUGAAAAUGUGGCUGCCCACGAUUACCAACUUAUUCAACAAAAUACUUCAACGAAUUGACUUGAUUCACGAGCGUCAAGCUGAACUGGAGAUACCAAAUCCUAAAAGAUUCAAAGUCGAUGAAGCUCAAGCUGGUCAGACUUUGACAGACUCAGAUUCUGACAUUUAUGGAUUCAACUUCAACGAUCCUUUUUGGUUCACAACUCCCGAAAACUUACCGUAUUAUUUGAGUUCGCCAUCAGACGACGAGUACUUCACGAAUUGUACUAGCAAAAAUCUGGGAGACACUCUCAAUCUGGGAGAUGCAUUACCUAUGCCAUAUGCUAUGCAAGAGAUGUCACAAUCUGGUAAGGUUGUGCAAAACCACCCGCAAAAUUCCUGGGAUUCACAUCAGCAGAAUCCAUACCCAGUCAAUUCUGUUACUAAUUAUAGCCAGUAUCCAAUACCACCCACUGAUACUAGUGCCCCUCAAUCUGUGCCUCCAAUCAUACCCGCAUUGCCACCACUGGACCAAAGUAUGCCAUUUGAUCCGUCAAGACCCCCUCAAUAA